CGUCAAAGAAAAUCAUAAAGAAAUGAUACUAAUUAACAAUUAAACGCUAAGUAAUCAUUAGGUACCGCGAAAUCUCCAAGCGAAAUACGGAUGAGUUCCGUAAAUUGUGUUUUGAGUUGUUAUCAGAGCGUCGAAAAUUUUGACCAAGCGAGAUUUCGGCGAUUGCGUCGGCGUAUUAACAUAUAAACCUUACCGAAAUAAAAUCGAUCACCGGUUAAAAUGGAUAUUUCGAGCCUGAGACACUUUUUAAAAAUAAUUACAGUGAAGAAAAAGCACCUGACUUACGCCUCAUCAAUUAAACUAAUUCGUAAUUUUAGUUCCUCAGCAAAUAACACUAGCAGUUCCUCGAACAAUUACAUCCAGCAUGAAAACUACAGGCAAAGACGGCGCUAUUCACUUAUCCAUGACACAAAUUAUUUAUCUUUGGGCGAUAAUAUUAACACAGACGAAGUCUUGUUUGAAAUGUUUAAGAAUAAAGAAACUGGACUACUCCCCAUAGGAAAAUUUCUUAAUGCUUUAAGGGCUACAGGGUUAAGAAAAACAGAUCCUAGGUUAAAAGAAAUGAUUGAAAUGUUAAAAACGCUAGUCAAAAGUAACAGUGAUGGAUAUUCAAUAGAUACCCAAAAAUUGAAUUUGAUCAAUUUUAAAAGCAUAAUAGCUCCAAAUCUAGGAUUAAUAUCUCGAGCAUUUCGACGUCAGUUUAUUAUACCAGAAUUUCAAGAAUUUUGUAAAGAUAUAGAAGAAAUCUAUUGGAAAUGCAAAGACAACACGGAUGGAAAAGUAGCGUCCUAUAUACCUCAAUUAAAAAGAAUGAGUCCAAACUAUUGGGGCGUAAGUAUUUGUACGAUAGAUGGCCAAAGGUUCUCUGUAGGAGAUGUUGCUAUACCUUUUACUAUUCAAUCUUGUAGUAAACCUUUAACUUACGGUAUAGCCCUCGACUUAUUGGGCUCUGAUGUGGUACAUCAGUAUGUUGGACAAGAACCAAGUGGUCGUAAUUUUAAUGAACUUAUUUUAGAUCAUAACAAAAAACCUCACAAUCCUAUGAUAAAUGCUGGUGCAAUUCUAAUAUGUGCACUUUUAAAAACAAUAGUGGGACCUGAAAUGAGUUUGGCUGAAAAGUUCGAUUUCAUCAUGAAUUUCUUUGAAAGAUUAGCAGGAAAUGAGGACCUUGGCUUCAAUAAUGCUGUGUUUCUUUCCGAAAGAGAGUGUGCUGAUAGAAAUUAUGCUUUAGGAUUUUACAUGAGAGAGCACAAAUGUUUUCCUGUAAAUAGCAGAUUUAAAGAAUGUAUGGACUUCUAUUUUCAGUGCUGUUCCAUUGAAGUUACCUGCGAUCAACUCUCAGUUAUCGGUUCUACUCUAGCAAAUGGUGGAAUCUGUCCACUUACAGAAGAAAAGGUGUUAAAACCAGAAAGUGUCAGAGAUGUGUUAUCUCUAAUGCAUAGUUGUGGAAUGUACGACUAUUCUGGACAAUUUGCUUUUAAAGUGGGAGUUCCCACAAAGUCUGGUGUUAGUGGAGCCCUGCUUGUAGUUAUUCCUAAUGUAAUGGGUAUAUGCUUAUGGUCACCACCACUAGAUUCUUUGGGCAAUAGCUGUAGAGGAGUUCAAUUUUGCGAAGAACUAAUAAAGAAAUUUAAUUUUCACCGGUACGAUAAUUUAAAACACGCUCCCAAUAAAGUAGAUCCUAGAAAACACAAAUUUGAAAGCAGGGGUUUAAAUAUAGUCAAUUUGUUAUUCUCAGCUGCAUCAGGAGAUUUGCCUGGCUUAAGAAGGCAUAUGUUAAACGGUAUGGAUAUUAGUUUGCCUGAUUACGAUGGCAGAACUGCUCUACAUCUGGCUGCAGCUGAAGGACAUAUAAAUUGUGUAGAUUUCCUAUUAAAGCAUUGCAAUGUGCCGUACGACGUUAGAGAUAGAUGGGGCAAAACACCUUUGGAGGAAGCUACACAGUUUGGACAUACGGCUGUUAUUGAAUUACUACAGCUUUGGGACGAAGAAGCUACAAAGAAAGCUUCUCAAGACCAAGACGCAAAUCUUCCGGGGAUAGCAUGAACAGAUAGUGUUUAGUUCUUAGCAAAUGAUUAAUUUAUUGACAAAACACAUAUUUUUUAAUAAAUGCGGACGAUAUUUUAAAUGUUGAUGUAAUUACAUACAAAUAAUUAAUAAAUGUAAUUACAUUUGUUAAGGCAGUAGAUAGUACCUAUCUUAAGCCGUUUAGUUUUGAUACAGAAUAUCUGUUACUGUCACAUUAACAUUUGUGUGUGCAGUUAUUAUAAAGAAUGUUAUAUUACUUUUAAAAUGCUCAUUGUUACCAGAGUACCUAACUUGACAUACAUAAAUAUAUGUAAAAAUUUAACAAAGAUAUUUCUGUAUAUUUGCAAUAAUCUCCAACAAGCUAUGUAAGCGUUCAAAAAGAAAAUACAAAAUAAAACGACAAUAAACACCU